CAAGUCCCAAUGGGGACCGAACCCAGUGGAAGUGGAAAAAUCAAAGUUGAUGAACACUAUCCAUCAGAACUAGAUGAGCCUCCAGUGUUCGAUGUGAAGAAAAUUGAGAACAUUCGCGCAAAUGUAAAGUUUGACACCCUUUAUCAAGUAACCAAACUAUUAGGAGAUGGAAAGUUUGGAAAAGUCUAUUGCGUGAUAGAAAAAGAGACCGGCAAAGAGUUUGCUGCAAAAUUUAUCAAAAUCAGAAAAGAAGCCGAUCGUGCGGAGGUGGAGAGAGAAGUGUCGAUUCUCACGCAACUUCGCCAUCCGAGAAUCGCCCAAAUUUACGAUGCAUUUUACACCACAACCAACGAUGUGGUUUUAAUUAUGGAAAUAGUUCGCGGUGGAGAGCUAUUUGAUCGCGUCGCGGAAGAAUCGUAUGUUUUGUCUGAACUUGCUGUCGUUAUGAUCAUCUGCCAAUUGUGUGAAGCAAUUGACUACAUUCACAAGCAAAACAUUCUUCAUCUGGAUGUAAAGCCUGAAAACAUUAUGUGUGUUUCUCUUACUGGUAAUCGCAUCAAACUCAUUGAUUUUGGAUUGGCUAGGCAUUACGAUGGUACACAGGAGUUAAAAUACAUGGCGGGUACACCGGAAUUCGCUGCUCCGGAAGUCAUUAAAUUUGAGAAAUUGGAUUAUCACACUGAUAUGUGGAGCAUCGGAGUUAUCACUUAUAUUUUGCUUUCUGGAUACUCACCAUUUCUUGGUGACAACUUAGGAGAAACAUAUUGCAACGUUGAAAAGGGAGUCUGGGAGUUCACAGAAGAAUUUGACACUGUCACAGAAGAAGCGAAAGAUUUUGUGACAAAGUUGUUAGUGUACGAUCAAAGCAAACGUAUGCUCCCACAUGAAUGUCUUCAACACCCAUGGAUAGCUAAACACCGUCAAAAAGCGGCGUGCAACACAAUUCUUGAAAAACCUCUCAACGCUCCAACACUUGACAACAAGCAGAUUAUGCGAUAUAAUGCACGAAGGAAAUUCCGGCGUAUGAUAAUUUAUGUAAAGUUCUUGAUUGAAAUGAAUCGACUUCGGAAUUCCUUGAAAACUCGCAUGAGUGCCAAUGGACACAAAUUCUUUGAUCCACUUUUGAAAAUGGCUGAGAAAAAAGAACAAAAGAUUUCUAACGCGAUUGGCACAGCAGGUUGUCCUGCAAGUGGAUUGGGAUCGCUUGUUAAAAUGGCGGUGGACAGUCAAAAGAAGAACGGAGACGUUCCAGUGACUCAAGACGCAAAUAUGUCCACAGAACCAGAGAAAGAAGAAAAGAAAAAGAAAAAGAAAAUUGCCAAUGCCGAUGGUUCUACAAAGACGGAGAAGACCUCUAGUGUGAAAAAGAAGAAAUUAGUGGAGACAGAUGGUGAUGCUGGACUUCGACCCCCACCGGAACUAAUGACAAAAAGAGCGUCAACUGGAGGGGAAAGUCUUUUGGCUGCAGUGAAGGUUCUUAAGAACUUGGAAGUGGUUGAAAAUGGCAAUUCUCCGAAAAGGAAAAGUCUAUGUUCCGUUAAAGAAGAGAAAGAAAUUCCAGCUAAAAAGCAAACAGAAGGCUAUAAAACACUGGAAACUACAGAAAAUGGAGAUAUUAGGAGAAAGAGUGCACCAGUCAAACAAGACACAUUGACGUGUCAAGACAACUCAAAAGUCACUCCACAGUUGUUAGAAACUGCUCCCAAUGGAGAGAUCAGAAGGAAAAGCGCUUCGGCAAAAGAAGAAAAAUCCGUCAAGCCAGAAGAAGUUAUUCGUAAGAAAAGUUCCGCGUCUGUCAAAGAAACAAAAACAGUGGAACUUUCUGUAGUUCCCGUAAAACUGGAAAAGUUAGCAUCAAUUGAUGAAAAAGGAGAAAAACUUGUGAAAAAAAAGAAGAAAACUACCACAGUUACGGCGGAGAUAGAAAAACCAAAAUCAGUAAUAGAGUCAAAAGAAGAAAAACUUGUGGAAAAACCAAAGCUGUUGAAUGGAACUUUAGUUUCUGAUGCUCUUGAAAAACGUAGAAGUUUGGGCUCAAAGCGGGCAAGCGAAACUCAAGACGUCGGAUUAAGACCUCUUCCGGUAGUCGACUUCUCUCCGAAAAUCGUACUCACUGAUAAGAAAGAGCCGAAGGAGUCAAAAACCAAACCUGCCGAACCAUUAAAAGAAAUUGUUCCCGAAACAAAAAAACCAGCAAGACAGGGCGCUCUUCGUAAACGAGACAAGUCACUAGAUGAUAUCCUCAAUGCCGCUCCGUCCCCAACCACCUUGUCAAAAUCAACUGUGACAUCUGUAAAGCAUUCAGUUGUGGAAACAAUUCAUCCGAGCGGGGAAAUAAUCAAAUCGGAAAAGGUUCUCACAAAGAAAAAGAGUUUGAAAAAAGAUAAAAGUAUCGAUGAUCGUCUUCCUGUGAAGAUUAUCGAGGACAAAGCUAGUCUUCCGAAGUUGAAAACGGAUGUGGUGACUUUCGAAUCGAAGCCAGUCAAGAAAACUUCAAAGAUCGUCAAGCUCAUUCCAGAAGAUGCAAAUUUAAUAAAAGACGAGAAGAAACCAACAAAGAUUGUGAUGACGUCAGAAAAGCAGGCGACAACAACUGUUCAAACUACAACAAGUGUCAAACGGACAACAAAGAGUUCUGAAAAGAAAGUGGAACAUACGGCUGAUGGAAAGAGUGUAGAGUCGUCCCAGAAGAAAAAUUCACAAAAAGAUGACGUCAAAGUUAGCCAGGUAACCACUAAAAAGGAAGAAGACAGUACUCAGCCAGCACCUACACUUACCGUUAAGAAAAAUGUUGUGAAACAAACUGCUGAAAAGUCGACAUCUGAGAAAGAGCACAAAACAACAGAAAACAAAGAGCAAGAGAGGAUAAUCAAAAAGAGCAGUACUCUAAAAGACAAAGAUGUUGCACAAGUUUCACUUCAACAAAGUAUCAAGGUUAAUGGUGAAAAGCACAAGGAGUCAAAAGUUAUUGGCACUAAAACUGUUAUAAAUAAGUUAGAAUUGAAAGGUGAAGAAACCAUUAAUGCCAAUCCCAAGAAAUCAUCACUCAAAAAGGCAACAGCCAAAGUCACAGGAGAGACAACAAAACACCUCGAAAUUUCUACGGAUGGGAAACUAGGUGUUCUCAAAACAAAAGACACAACUUCGAUGAAAUUAUCUCCGGACUCAAGCAGCGAUACAUCGUCAAGCAAAAAUGUGCGGAUCCUUUUAACAGAUGAACAGUCAGUUAAGUCGAGUGUAAGAUCUCAUCCUAGUGUUAGCACCAGAGAUAGUUCAGAGGAAAGGAAGAAGGUUCGCUUUGCCGGUGAUGUUGGGACACCGACGAAACUAAAUCCCCCUCCACUUUUUGGGAAUGGUCUUCAGAAAAUGAGAUCUGAAAGUAGUUUACACGAAAAAAUCAACGGACUCACUACCAAAAAGAGUCAUGAUGACGUGUCGCUCGCUAGAAAAACAUCACUGUUCACAGAUAUUGAAUACCAACCACGCGAAGAUUUUUCGUUUGAAGCAUUGAAAGAAAAAUUGACACGACGGGUCAGCUAUGGAUAUGACGAUGAUGGCAAACGUGGAAAACAAAUGGUACUAAUUCCACCUACAAAUUCAGUUAAAGACAAGCUCCGACAUUUUGAGAAGAAGUUUGCCAAAUAAUCAUUCAAUUUUCAUUUAAUUUAUGAAGUAUCCAUUGUAUCUGAACUCAUAUCAAGUUGGUUUUACUGGUUUCUUAAAACUAUUCCUUUCCUUCCAUCCGCCGCUUUUUUUGUAUAACGAGUUUUUUCUUGUUCAGUUUUCUUAUGGCUUGGCUCCAAGUGUCUUGUCUUUUGUUCGAUUUCUAGAACAAUUUGAAAUAUUGGUUAGCUUUCUUGCCUUCACCGAGCACAAACAGUUGGUCCCUAAGGUUGAUUUACAAUGUAUUCCUGAAUCGGAUUUUAUUGUCAAAUAUGAACAAUGCUGUAAAUAGUCUUCGAUAAAAACAUUCAUAAAGU